AUGGCAGCUUAUGCAGCUGUUGUUUCUCUGAUGAAUAAUAUCGAUAACAUCCAAAAUCAUCCUCGUUUUUCGAUUUCCCUCGACAAGAAACAGACAGAAUCUCUUGGCGAGAAGCUUGAUUUCUUGCUAGAUUUCAUAGAGAUGAAUCAUUCUCAUGAAUUCUUGGAGACCGAAAUUGCAUCCGCAGCCUAUGCAGCCGAAGAUGUAAUCGAAUCUCAUAUAGUCGACCAAAUCCACUCCGGUUCGAUUUCUUCGCUCGAUCUCCAGACGGUAAUACUAGACAUGGAUUCCGUCAAGGAAAAAGUUGUCAUUUUUAAGGAGGAAAAAGAAGGAUUGCUCAAAGUUCACCGACAGUAUUCAACUUCUACUACUUCGUCAACACCUUCGAUUACCGGUGGCGGGAAGAGCACAACAACAAUGGUGGGGCUUGAUGAGGAGUUGAUUCAACUUUUGGAUGCCCUCACCGGACGACAAUCGAGUCUGCAAAUCAUCCCAAUUGUAGGUAUGGGCGGCAUUGGUAAGACUACUCUUGCUAGAAAUGCUUACGAACAUGGAUUAAUUGUGAAUCGCUUUGAUAUUCGUGCUUGGGCUACAAUAUCUCAAGAGUAUAGUGUGAAGGAAAUCUUUUCGGAACUUCUUUCUCGCGAAAGUAGUGAAUCCGCUAAUGAACAACAAUUAUCUCAAGAGUUGUAUCAAAGUUUAAUAGGUAGGAGAUAUUUGAUUAUAUUGGACGAUAUAUGGAGUAUCGAUGCUUGGGAAAAGAUGAUGUUUUUCUUUCCAGAUAACAACAAUGGAAGUCGAAUUAUCAUAACCACUAGGCUGUCAAAUGUUGCUGUUCAAUUUGGCUCUUCGUCUUACUUUUCAAAGAAAUUUCUAGAUGAAAAUCAAAGUUGGAAGCUAUUUUGUGAAAAGGCCUUUUCACAGGAAGAAGUUUGCCCUCCUGAAUUUGAGGAAAUUGGAAAGAAGAUUGCUGAAAAAUGUCAAGGACUUCCUUUGUUAAUUGUUGUGAUUGGAGCACUUCUUAGAAAGUCAUGUAGAACACGGGAAUAUUGGGAGAAUAUUUCAAAUGAUAUAAAUUCAAUUUUGGAUUCAGGAGAAGACGGUGAUCAAAACUUGGAUAUAUUAUCUUUGAGUUAUAUGCACUUACCUGCCCAUCUAAAACCAUGUUUUCUUUACUUGGCAAUUGUACCAGAAGACCAUUUGAUUCAUGCUUCUGAACUCAUCAGACUUUGGGUUGCUGAGGGAUUUAUUAAACCAAAUAAAACACAAAGCUUGAAAGAAGUUGCAAAGUGUUACGUAAAUGAUCUCAUUGAUAGGAAUCUCAUUUUAGGUAGUUGGUUUGAUGGAAGAGUUAAAUAUAGCACUAUGCAUGAUCUUGUAAGAGAUUUAUGCAUAAAGAAAGCUCAAAAAGAGAAGUUUAUUUGUAUGAUGAGAUUUCGUGACAUUCCACUAGGUGUGAAGAUGGAAUGUCGGAUUGCAUUUCAAGAAAAAAUUCCAAAGGAGAAUUAUGACCAUGAAUUAUUUUUUCAUGAAUUGGAGUCGGCAUCACUUGCACGUUCUUUGAUAGGCAAAAGAGGGGGUGAGUUGUCGCUUGAGUUCAAAUUGUUGAGAGUAUCACAUAUGAUUGGUUUUUCUCUAGAAAAUAUUUUCAAGCACGUUAACUUGCGCUACAUUUUCAAACCCGACGACUGGAGAACAACGACUAUUUCUUACAAGCUUCCUUCAUCAAUAUCCCUACUAUGGAAUUUACAAGUGUUGGUUUUUCCAUUUAUUGAUCUUGUUGCACCACCUGAGAUUUGGGAGAUGGCACAACUUUGGUAUGUGAAGUCCAUCUCCAUCUAUCUCCCUGAACCUCAUUCGUCGUGUGAUCAACAAGACGAAGACGAAUUCAUUGUUUUGAGAAACCUGCAGACACUUAAGAAAGUAGUCAAUUUGAGGUUGAGUGAAGAGGUAUGUAAGAGAAUACCCAACAUUAAAAUUUUGCACAUGGAAUAUCACCCACAAAGUUCGUUGAGGGAAUGUGAGGGCAACUUAUCAUAUGACUACAGCCUCUAUAAUAUUGGACGCUUGCAUAAACUUGAAUCAUUGAAAUGUCAUUUAUACGACGUAGGAGCUGAUGACACCCAACAAGGUGGUUUGCUGAAGAAGAUGACAUUCCCUACGUCGCUCCGAAAGUUGGAAUUAUCAAAUUGCGAUCUUGGUCCGGAAGAUUUGAGAACAAUUGGUUCGUUGCCAAAUCUUGUACAUUUCAAGUUGCAGGGGGAGAUCAUAGGAAAUGAGUGGGACCCGGUUGAGGGGGAAUUCAUUUGUCUGAAAUUCCUGGAAAUUCAUUUUUGUCAUGAUUUGAUUUAUUGGAAUGCAGACAGCUCCCAUUUUCCAGUUCUGGAGAAACUUGUUCUUCUAGGAUUGUCCAAAUUGGAUGAGAUUCCUUUAGGUAUCGGAGAAAUACCGACACUUGGCAUCAUCGUACUGGAUGACUGCAGCGAAUCUGCGAACAUUUCUGCAAUGAAAAUACUGGAGGAACAAGAGUAUCUCGGAAACGACGACCUUCGAGUUGAAAUCAUGUUUUGGAAGAAAGAGGAUUUAGAAAGGUUCAAGGAAAAGGCGAAACAGUUUCAGUGCUUCACGAGCAAUAAUUUAGGAUUCUUCUCGUGA